ACUGCACUGCUGGUCUAUCUUUCAAUACCCGAGAGCGGGGCUCUGUCCUUAAACAGAUCAAUUCGCUUAAUAGCAAGCAGCAAACAAUCAAAUCAAAUCAGUAAAUCCCCCGAAGUAAAUUUCCGGAAACAACAACCGGAUGUGUAUAUGCGUGAGAAGUGGGGUUGGGGGUUGGGAGUAGUUAUAAUUCCGUGUAGAUAAAAGAGGAUUUUUGUGUGUGGAAAUGAAGAGAGGCAGCAAGGGUUAAAGGGAUGUCAGAAAGGAAAGAAAACAAGAGUUGAAUCCAAUGAUGGGAAGACUCUUAAAAGGGAAAUCUUUAUGUCAAGGCUGUUGCUGCUGGGAAAGCUGGCGAGAGGCAAAGAAGUGGAAAUCGGUGACUGAAGCUGAAAAGGCUGCAUAUGAAGCUAAAACUGCAAAAGGCUAGUCUGAAAAAUGACAAACGCCACAAGAAGCAGCAAAGCUCUGAGGGUGAUUAAGAGUCUGAGAUGUUGAGGUCUGAAGUUAGUGAUGUAGAUGAUGAGUCGAGUAGGGAGGAGAGGAAGAGCUGUACAAGAAACGAAAUGAGGGUUAUGUAUGAGUUAGGAUUCAAAUUAGGGGACUUUUUGAGAAACCCAUGGCAUGGACUCUGGAUAUGUAAUUACAUACUUUUGGCAUUCGUUUUGGACCUCAAAUGGAUCAGCAUGAACCUGUAUCUUGACUGUUGUUUUAUGUUUUGUCGUGUUCACCCUGUAUAUAGGUUCAGCUUAGUUUUUAAGUGAACUUUCUAUGGUUUCAAUGUAGCCUUGAUGACCUAAGAUGUUGAUCCCUUUCUUCAUCAGCAGGUUAAGUAAAAAAUUUAGUAUCCCAUUAAACAGCAGUGAUGAAUAGGCAGGCUUCGUAUGCUGAUGCUAGUGCCAAUCCAUAUGCUGCUUCUAAAAUGCAGAUGCAGCAGAUAUCUGCACAGAGAAUUCAGCAGAAUGCUGCAAUGAGUAAUUUUCCAGGGCGACUUAACUCUUUACCUGCAGAGCAAGCAAAUAAUUCUGGUGUUCCGUCUCAGAUGCAGCAGAUAGCUGCACAGAGAUUUCAACACAAUGCUGCAAUGAGUAAUUUUCCAGGACCGGCAGGACGUCUUGAUUCUUUACCGGCAGAGCAAGGAAAUAGUUCUAGUGUUCCAUCUCAGUGGGAUAGAGAUGCACCAAAAGUGUCAAAUUCAAAACAGAUGCAGAUUCAUCCACACACUGACCCAAGAAAAGGAGGCAAUUCCAUCCAGUCUUAUCACCAGAGACCGGUAAUGGAUUCAAAUAGUGAUUUUGGAAACCAUGCCAAUACAGAGAUUGGACAGCAGGCCCAUGAGGUAGACAUGGAAAUCGGUUAUGAAGACAAUCCUUUUCAUUUGAAUUUUGAAGGUCUCGAGAAGAGAUUCCAAGAAGAAAUCUUGAAGCUAAUAAAGGAACAAAUUGAUGCAGAAAACGCAGAAAAUGCUAGGCACAGAGAGAAGAUAAUGGAGAUCAAUAACAAGUACCAGGAGAAAUUAUCAGUUCUUCGAGCACAACAAGCUAAUCGAAGAGAGGAGUUUCUUCGCAGGGAAUCAGAGGCAAGACUACAACAGUAUCAGCAAGCUGGAACGAACCACCUCCAGGCCAGAACCGGCCCAAACAACCCUCAGGGUUAUGUUCCGGCUGUCCCUCCACAACCAUACCCAACUGAUCACAGGGAUCAUAUUAAUACUUAUGGCCAAUCACCAUUUCUCAGUGUGGGAGGAAACCAAGGAACUGAAGGACGGGUUCCAUAUCCUCAGGGUCGAGUUUACGGCAAUUCCAGUGGUCGUUCUUAUUAGGGAUUUUAUUUCUUACAAAUUCAGAAUUGGCACUUAGAGUCGCGAAGAUACUUGCUGGAACCCACAGUUCGGACCUAUACACUGUCAAAGUAAUGUCGAUUUUUGGUUUGAAGUCCUCUUUCAGACUUGUAGUUUCUUAUGUAAAUUAUACCGUCUUUUCUACCUUGACUCGUGGUUCUUUCUCGUCUGAAACUACCGUAGUGGUGUAAAUCCCUUAAAACCUAAAUCUUUGUUUCUUCCAGCUGAUGUGUUUUUGAUAUGGACUGCAGUUUUUUGUCAUAGUAAAGCCAUGAAAUCUUUCAUGUGUUCAUGGAUAAA